CUGCGGUACCGCCCCUCCCGCCGCAGCCCUCGGGCCGGCUCCGUUCCGAGCUCGGGCUGUUGCGGCGGUCACGACACGUGGCGCGGCGGGGCGGCCCCGCUGGCGCCGGCCCGGCGGGCAGCAUGGCCGCGGCGGCCGAAGCGGCUGGCGGCGGAGGCAGCAGUCGGCACGAGAAGAGCCUGGGGCUGCUCACCACCAAGUUCGUGUCGCUGCUGCAGGAGGCCAAGGACGGCGUGCUGGACCUCAAAGUGGCUGCUGAUGCCCUUGCUGUAAGACAGAAGAGAAGGAUCUAUGAUAUCACCAACGUUUUAGAGGGGAUUGAUCUCAUUGAGAAGAAGUCAAAAAACAGCAUUCAAUGGAAAGGAGUAGGUGCUGGCUGCAAUACAAAAGAAGUCGUGGACAGGCUGAGGUAUCUUGAAGCUGAAAUUGAAGAUCUAGAGCUGAAAGAGAAAGAAUUGGAUCAGCAGAAACUGUGGCUACAGCAAAGCAUCAAGAAUGUUAUGGAUGAUUCUACAAACCACCAAUUUUCAUAUGUCACCCAUGAAGAUAUCUGUAACUGUUUCAAUGGAGACACACUUCUAGCAAUUCAAGCACCUUGUGGUACACAGUUAGAAGUACCUAUACCCGAAAUGGGCCAGAAUGGACAGAAGAAGUACCAGAUCAAUCUUAAAAGUAGUUCAGGACCUAUCCAUGUACUGCUUAUAAACAAAGAAUCAAAUUCCUCCAAGCCCAUGGUGUUUCCAGUUCCUCCACCUGAUGACCUUGCACAAACCCCAUCUCAGCCUGUAGCUCCAGUGACUCCCCUUAAACCUACUCCAGCUUCUGAAAAUCCACCAGAACAUGGUCUUAACCAGGGACAACAGUUGCCAGAAACAACGGUGGACACACCGUCAGAAAGCAGUUUGCAGCAGAACAGUACAACUCCAGCAACUCCUUAUUCUAGCCUUCCAGACUCAGUGUUGUACCCCAGCCUUUCAGGAGAUGUCACCCAAGCUACAACGAGCUCCAAUGACUAUCAGGCUUUACUCCCUUUGGACGUUAACUGUAUCCUCAAGCCAAACUCAUUUGACAUAGCAAAGAUGGAGGAGCCCGCAGGAAAUAUCGGUGGGGAUAUUAUUGAUGAACUUAUGUCCUCUGAUGGUAAGUAUUUAGCAUCUUUACUUGCAGUUAUUAAAAAAGUAGUAGCAUGGUUUUUAUAUGAACAGCACUCUUGGUAGGUGUCUGUUAAAUCUCUUACCAACAGUCAGUAUGGUACUACUUCUUUCCCCUGUACUGCCUCUUCUAUCUUUGUCAUUCUCGUCUUUGCACCCCUAUCUGUUCCCUGCAACGCUUUUAUUUAACAGUCAAAAUAUGAAAGCCUUAAUCCAGCAAGAACUUACAUGCAUGAGUAACUGAACAGUACUUAAUUCUAGAAUAAAUAAAGAACAGGUUGAUGACUCGUGCUGCCUUAAAAAAUAAAAUAAAAUAAAAAUCUUUUCAAAUUCUGUUCUGCCUCAGGCCUCUUCCAUGAGCUUUGAACAGAUAUUUCAGAGCAUAUUUACAUGCCUGUAUGCGGAUUGAUACUUGGCCAGGUCUCUUACACUGGCAGAAACAAAUACAAUCCUUUGGUAGUCUUGCAUCUCCUUGGCUGUAUGUAUGCAGAACUGAGCCACAGCUAGUGGCUCCGUACAUUCCAUGACCCCCUGCUGUAUCUCACUGAAACCAGCUGCCAUAGUCCUUUUCCCAUUUAACUGUGCUGUUCUGUGAGCAGCCUGUUAAUAUGUGCUUUUCAAGCAGGCAGACUUAAGGCUUAUCUAGAAAGAAACAUGCAGCUACAAGAUCUAAGAGGGAAGCUGGAGUUAUAUGAAUGUGACAAUAAAAUAUGUGGAUAAAACGGAAAUAUUCUCCAAUUUUAGAACAGCUACAACGUGCCCAGCUCAUCUGCAUUAGUCUCCCUGAGGUACGGCAUGAGGGCUAAGGCUUCUCUUCCUGCAUUCCCCAAGAAGGACUUCAAGUCCGUGCAUGAAAUGCAGUGCACAGAGAAGCUGACAGCCUCCAUUUUUCUUCUGUAAAUUAGGGAUAAUAUUAAUUUCUUUAUCCAGAAUAAAUAUCUGAAGACUAAUACAUCAAUAUUGUAUGUAACAGGAAGGAGAUAAACAUAAGUGAUGGCUUUUUGACAGAAUUUUCAAAAGCUGUCUAGGAGUUCCUUUGCUGCAAAAGGAGAGAGUAGGUCUAUAUUUCACAGCUUUCACUCCACCCUCAGCAAAUUUAUGAUAAGAUACUAAGAAAAAAGGUGUAGACGUGUCACUUACUGCCUUAGUUUGAAGGCAAUACAGGUAGUCACAGUAUGUGUCCUAGCAUGCUUGUCAGAUUAUCAAGGCAAUGUUUUACUUAUUAAGACUAACCCUGGCACUGGUGAUGAUGAACAUACUGGAUUAUGAGAUAGGGCUGAUAUUCCAAAAGUGUUUUAACUUAAACUAAACUAUUCCUGCUUUACAGUUUUUCCUCUCUUACGACUCUCUCCUACUCCCGGAGAUGACUACAACUUUAACCUGGAUGAUAAUGAAGGAGUCUGUGAUCUCUUUGAUGUGCAGAUACUAAAUUAUUAGAUAUUGUGUCAACCAGACUACUUAUCUACCUCUAACGAUAACAUUCUAGACUUCUUCAUAACCUAAGUAUUUGAAUAAUGAAUGUAUAACUUCUUAGUUCACUGACUCUGGGAGUAUAUUUCCUUUUGCUUCCUUUAACUACUUCACAAAACGAAUUUAACCACCAGGAAAAAGAAGGGCUUUUUAUCAGAAUCUUGGCACAUUUUUCACCUGAGUGUCCUUUGUGUAAUCCAAUGAUUUUGGAGUUUUCUUUUCCAAGAAAAGCAAAAAUGCUUUAUAGCCUUCUGAUCAUUUUUUUAAAAAAAUGAUUAGGCUUUGCUCACAGUUACCAGCAUUCUCUUUGAAGCUUUACUGCCGAGAAGCUGUCAAUAUUUUAUAACGUUCCCAUCAAAUUUGAAACUUUCACUGCCAAGCUGAAAAGUGAAGGAUAUCAACUUGAGUUAUGCUUAAUUGUUUCAGUGAACCAAUUUUGUGAAGUGCCUUCUGUUUUAGCACUUUAAGUUUCUCACACUGACUUCUGACAUUCCACUUUCCUAGAUGAUAGGAAAGGUCUGUUUGUAGUUUGUAUUAAAGUGUGCCAAUACUUGUAUAUUAACAAGAUUUUUUUAAUAAAAUUUUACAAACAAA